AUGGCAACGAAACCGCACCCAUCAUUUCGAGCAUCGCGCCAACCAGGACGCUGCGUCGCCUCUAGAUACGAAAGACUCGAAACGAGCGUGGACCCAGGAGACUGGCCACUCGUCUGCUCAAUUCUUGGCGCGGGAGCGUCAGUUGGCGGAAGAAAGGAGAAUCGAUAUUCGGCCAUGGCGUGGCUCUCCCCGGCCGGUGUACCUCCUGUCCUGCUGAAGAUGCUAAUCCGCCGGCCACCUUGCUUGAUCAGGGACCUAGUGCAACACCCAAGUCCGUCCAGUCACCGCUGGUGCCGGUCCAGGUGUUUCUCCAUUUCCCAGGGCGUCCAGGACGCCAGGCCCCGGAAGAUCUACACCGCCGCUGCUCAAUUUGCUAUGCUUCUCGUCAGCAGAGGAUCUCUCUCAGGCCAUGAAAUGCCUCAGACGUUCCCUCCACCUGCUAGAAGCACGCUGCACCAUGGCUUGGCGAUCAAAAUGCGGGCAGACCAGGCAACAUAUCGUUUCUGCUGCCCUGCGGGCGUCACACAAAUUUCCCUGGGCCUCAUCGAGUUCCCGAUCAAGAGGGCGUCCCCACACUCGGUCUGGCUUUUUCCAGGGAAGUCAAUCUGGGGCCUUGAACUUGGUACCACCUCGACAGUUGAAGGAUGUACAUGGCAGAGAAAUCCCAGCAAUCAGGAUGACGAGCCCCUAGUCCAAAUCGUGCCACCGCUCGAUGGUCUUUUGCACUGGACUGACGUCGCCUCGUUUAGCAGGGACGCAAGCAAUGAUCUGAUGAUUCCUGUUCGCAGCUACCUGCCGUUCCAGUCAUCUUGUCCGACCGUACCGGUCAACCUGAAUGACCGACUGUCAGUGUCAGUGGAAGAGUCUUGGCAACAAGGGGAUGUGGGUGAAUGA